AUACAGUGGCAGCGCAGCUCAAGUCAUUUAGUUAUUUUUCUGUCUGAAUUUAAGAAUUUUUGUUUUUGUUUGUCAGAAUAAUACUAAUACGGUUAACCAUAAUAGUAAUACUGUAUGCUAAUGAUAGCACAGUAGAAAAAACGGCAGAAAAACGUACGUGGUAAAUUAAAUUAAACGUGUGUGCUCGGUGGCAAAUGCUUCUUGUGGAUGGGCAAGUGUGUGUGUGUGCGUGAACUAAACGCAAAAAGUGUAAAACGGAUGAAAUAGUUAAACAAUUAAGCUCAACUGCAAUUGGAAACCUCAUGUGUGCAUCAUCUAUAUGAAUUGUAUUGUUCAAAGUGCAGAAUAGCGCUAUCUAGGGCCUUUUGCAGGCGAGCAAAGCUGCAGAGCACGAAGAGAGAUUGACUUUACCUGCACGUUGUAUUAUGGAAAAAGGAUGUUCAGCUGCUAGCAGUAAUUGUUCAGGUGCCGAGGACGACGCUCAGCAGGAGCAGAGCCGCCGAAGCAGUAGCAGCAGCAGUUGCAAUAGCAGCUACAGCAUCGAUUUAAAACCACCAACACCUCAAGCAUCACAGCCAAAGGCGAGCACUAGCCAAGGGGUAGACGGAACAGUAACUGAAUCUAUGUCCAACCUGAGGGAGCCGGACGUGGAGGACUGUGUCUCUUCGAAUUCGCAACAUGGCUUUGCCGUCGUGCUCGAUGAUGAGUCCAGUACCGAGACCACCGGCGUGCUGGAAACAUACGAGAUAAGCUCUUCCAAUUCACUGCCCAAUAGCACGGGAGCCGGUGCCGGCGCUGAGACAAUGGGCGUCGUUGUUGUUGUGCCCGUAGACGAUAGCUCCUCGACAGAUACGCUCAAUGGCAAUGAGAACGAGCGCAUGAGCCGUGACGCUCCAUCCGAGGAGGAAGAGGAGGAGGAGCACAACAGCCCGAUAAAUAAUGUUUUCUUUAAUGUUAACGACGAGCCGCCCAUUGUAUGCCUUAUAAACGAUGACGACGAUUUCGACGAGGAGGAAAUCGUCGAUGAGGAUGAAGAUGAUGAUGAGGAUGAGGAUGCUGCGGGGCGCUCCUGCCCCAAUACAUCACAAGUGGAUGGUACUGCUGCUGCCACUGCUGCUGAUGGCAUCAUCACGACAGCCGACGGUUCGAAAAUAUUUCUGGAAACACCUGUCGUCGAGGAGCCACAGCAAUCACAUACUCAUGUCGGCGGUGCCACAGUUGGCGGCAGUGCUGCGCAGUCGGAGCUGCUGGCGGGCAAACCGAAGCGGCUUAGCGAUGAAUUCGAGGCGGAAGAGCAGCAGCAACAGCUGCAGGGCAAUGCACCAAGAGGAGGAGUUAAGUCUGAGCCAGGGCAGGGGCAGGGACAGGCAGUCGAUGUAGCAACUAGUUCGUUGCACGAUCGUCAAAUGUCCGUGCGGCUUAAGCAGAUGAGCCUCACGGCCAGCGCCGAGGCGUCAGCUGCCAAUGCAGCAGCAGCAACAAACAGCACCAACAACAGCAACAGCCCGACCAAGGCGGAUAUUGAGUCCAUGGAUCGCAUUGAACGUCGCGACUUUGAGACCGAGCAGCGUCUGACCGGCGGCAUCAUACUCGGCACCAAUUCGCUGGUCACCAAAAAUCGCCUCAAUCUAAGUCUGAUCAAUCGCGCAGCAGCAGCAGUGGGCGCUGGCGGCGGGGCUGGAGUGGCUGGCGAUGAUUGGCCCAGCAGUAGCCAGGCACGCGCCUUCUCCUCAGAUAGCAAGUGCACCUACAAGGAUCUAUCGACGACGCCCACGAGCAGUCGCAAGUAUACAAACAGCCGACUGAGCAAGUCCACUGCCAAACUCAAUCUGGGCUCAACGCUGGCCAAUGCCAACAGCAAUGCCUGUCCACAGCACAGUUCCAGCUCCAUCUCCAGCUGCAGCUCCAGCAGCAGCAACAGCACCAACAGCAACAAUUCCAAGCUGCCCAUUGUGGUCAUUGUGAAGCCCAACGGGAGCAGCAACGCUUCCACUUCCACAAGCUACAACCGCACAGACGUCUACACGAACACCAAUUCGAACGACGUCAAUCUGUCCGCGAGCUGCCAGCAUACGGACAAAGAUGUGGCCAUCCCUUCGUUCAGCUCUGUGGGCUCCCAGACAAGCAGCCAGGAUACCAGCGGCUGCAGUCGUACCAGCGUCUUGCCUUGUGGCAGCAGCAAUGCCGGCUUUCUGGACGUGGAUGCACAGCCCUCGACGUCAGCCACUUCGACUGCGACUUCGACUUCAGCUCGCUGUCAUUAUGCAGCGGCAGCCACAGCGAAGGUGCCCACAAGGCAGGUGAAUGCCAGUGCCCAGACCCAGGAGCGUUUUCUUGCACGCAGUGGCCUGGCAGCUGGUGCAGCUGCGAAUGUCAACGGCAAUCGCAGUCGCCGUCGUGUGGAGGCACGCAACUCCAAUGAUGGCAUUGUGCUUGACAUUGUUGUUGAGGAGAAUUCAGGCAAUGCUGAUGGUGGCGCUGGUGUAGGUGGCGGAAGCGGCGGAGUUGUUGAACCUGGAGAUUUUAAUGCCGAAGAGCCAUGGGGCAAUUGCGACGAGGAGAACAAUUGUUCGGACCUGGAAGAGAUAUGCACUUGCCAGAACAGCAUAUUGGCCAGCAGUCGCAGCGGCAGCAAUGCCAGCCUGAGCGAAACACUCGACAUGGAUGCCAUGGAUAGCUAUCAUGAGGAAGCCAUUGCCAUGCCGCCAAUAGAGCAGCAGCAGCAACAGCAGCAGCGCAAGCGUAAAUACAACGAGAGUCGUCUGCUGGAUGGUGACUACUCGAUGAGCAUAACGGGCAGUGGCGGCGCUGGUAGUGGUGCGGGCGCCGGUGGCGGUGCGGGCGGUGGUGGGAGCAAUUCGGGAUCUGGCGAUAACAGCCGUAAGCGCAUUGCUUAUGAUUUUGCCUCUACACCACGCUCCUCAACGCAGCCCCUAGGCAACGCUGCCAUGAUGACGCUAACGAUGACGCCAACCGGCAUUUCCGCCACGUCACUCGGCGGUUGCUCACCCGCUUUGGGUAGGCGUACGCCGCGGGCUCUGAUGCCCACGCGCGAUAACCCGCCACCCGAGCUGCAGCACUGGUUGGCACAAUUUCAGCGCUGGUCCCAUGCCGAACGUCUGCUGGCCUUGGAUCGUCUGAUCGACCACUGCGAUCCCUCACAGGUGCGGCACAUGAUGAAGGUGAUCGAGCCACAAUUCCAGCGUGACUUCAUCUCGUUGCUGCCACGGGAACUGGCGCUGUUUGUGCUCUCAUAUCUGGAGCCGAAGGAUUUGUUGCGCGCCGCACAAACUUGCCGCAGUUGGCGUUUCCUCUGCGACGACAAUCUGCUGUGGAAGGAGAAGUGCCGGAAGGCACAGAUCCUCACCGAGACACGCAGCGAUCGUCCCAAACGAGGACGAGAUGGCAACAUGCCACCAAUCGCAUCGCCAUGGAAGGCGGCGUACAUGCGACAGCACAUCAUCGAGAUGAAUUGGCGCUCGCGGCCAGUGCGCAAGCCGAAAGUGCUCAAGGGUCAUGACGAUCAUGUGAUCACAUGCCUUCAGUUCUCCGGCAAUCGCAUUGUAUCCGGCUCCGAUGACAAUACGCUUAAGGUCUGGUCGGCAGUCAGCGGCAAGUGUCUGCGCACCUUGGUGGGGCAUACUGGCGGCGUUUGGUCCUCGCAAAUGUCUGGCAAUAUCAUCAUAUCGGGCAGCACGGAUCGCACGCUCAAGGUGUGGGACAUGGAGAGCGGCAGCUGUGUGCACACGCUCCAGGGACACACCUCAACGGUGCGCUGCAUGCAUUUGCAUGGCAAUAAGGUGGUCAGCGGCUCACGAGAUGCAACGCUGCGUGUGUGGGACAUUGAGUUGGGCACGUGUCUGCAUGUGCUGGUUGGCCACUUGGCUGCGGUACGGUGUGUGCAAUAUGAUGGCAAGCUGAUUGUGUCGGGCGCCUACGACUAUAUGGUCAAGAUCUGGCACCCAGAGCGACAGGAGUGCCUGCACACGCUGCAGGGUCACACCAAUCGUGUCUACUCCUUGCAGUUUGAUGGUCUUCAUGUCGUCUCUGGGUCACUGGAUACCUCGAUACGUGUAUGGGACGUGGAGACUGGCAAUUGCAAGCACACUCUAAUGGGCCAUCAGAGUCUCACCUCCGGCAUGGAGCUGCGACAAAAUAUACUCGUCUCUGGCAAUGCCGAUUCCACGGUCAAGGUGUGGGACAUUACAACAGGACAAUGCCUGCAAACGCUAUCGGGCCCCAAUAAGCAUCAGUCAGCGGUCACUUGCCUGCAGUUCAAUUCACGCUUUGUGGUCACCAGCUCCGAUGAUGGCACCGUCAAGCUGUGGGAUGUCAAAACGGGCGAUUUUAUACGCAAUUUGGUUGCUUUGGAUUCGGGCGGCUCCGGUGGAGUGGUCUGGCGCAUCAGGGCGAACGAUACAAAGUUGAUUUGUGCCGUGGGUUCACGCAAUGGUACGGAGGAGACAAAGCUAAUGGUACUGGACUUUGAUGUGGAGGGCGCUUGUGUCAAGUGUUCAUAGGAACAGUUCCAGUUCCAGUUCCAGCUCGAGUUCAGUUCAGUUCAAUUUGCAAACUGUGUGUGCAAAAUAAGGCGCACUCUACUCUAUGUUAUGAUAAACGCGAGAGCCGCUAUAAUGCUUUAGCUCGUUAUGGGAGCGAGCCAGCCGGAGGCGAUAUCACACACACACAUACACACACCCAAACUCAACUAACACAGACACACACCACCAACACACACUUAUACAGAUGACUCGUCUAUCUGUCAUGCAUAAUCGAAACGUUAUCGUCGCUUGCCUUGCCAACAAAUGCAGCUGCUCACACACACAUAUAUAUAUAUAUAUACAUAUACACAUGCCUACACACGUUCACAUACAAAACACACACACACACAUUUGGGAGUUGUGAGUACGAGUGUAAAGACGUUUUCAAUGUUAUCAUUUGUUUCAAAUGCGUUGCUUUUAUAUAGCCAAAAUUUGUUUUCCACAAAAAUAGAAUAAUUUUUGCUUCUUAGUUCUUAUUGAUUAUGAAUUACGUACAUAAAAACAAAAACAAAAAAACGAUCAUAUAUAUAUAUAUAAAUAUAUUAUAUAUCUCAUAGCAAGUCGAAUGUUUACAAACAUACUACUAUAUACGUAUUAUGCAUAUACCUACAUACAUCAUUUUGUUCCGUAUCGAAUGAACCGAAAAGAAAAGUUUUAUGAAAAAACAGCUUUAUAUUAAUUAAAAUUGUAAAUUGUUUAAUUGAUUGAUUAA